AUGGACCCAAAUAAGCAAGGUGCUCUUAAUAGAGUUGAGAAUUCUGUCUAUAGAACAGCCUUCAAAUUACGAUCCGUGCAAACUCUUUGCCAGUUGGACUUGAUGGACAGCUCCCUGAUUCAGCAGGUUCUAUGGCAUGGAUGUUUUGGGGAGAGCACACAGACCUCCAUUUCUGUGCCGCAGCUUUUUCAGGAGCUCCGGGAGCUGUUUCAGCGAACUGGGAUGGGAAAUGCAACCCACGUACACCCAAGAGCGCCAGAACUCACUCUGAGUCUUCUCAUGGCCAUGUUUGACAGAACAGGAUCAGGUAUUCUUAAGCUUCAACCUGUGGCUGCUGCGCUGGUUGCUCUCUCGGGGGACAGCCCUCUUACAAAGUACAGAGCUUUGUUCCAGCUCUAUGCAGAAAACAACAGGGGAGGCGGUGAUUCUCAAGCCCGCAUGACCAGAAGACUUUUGAGAGCCUUACUAACAGAUCUACAGCAGAUCCCAACUGUCGUGGGAGAGAGCUGCACUUUGUGUCCCGUGGAAAGAGCUAUCCACAGCUGCUUCCGAGGGGUGUUGAGCUCUGGAAUCAAGGAGGAGAAGUUCCUGUCUUGGGCACAGUCUGAGCCUCUUGUCCUCUUGUGGCUCCCAACCUGCUACCGACUGUCAGCCUCAGAGACGGUCACUCACCCUGUGCGGUGCAGUGUCUGCAGAACCUUCCCGAUCAUAGGACUGAGAUACCGCUGUCUAAAGUGCCUGGACUUCGACAUCUGCGAGCUGUGUUUCUUAUCUGGUCUCCACAAAAAAUCCCACCAGAAGUCACACACUGUGAUGGAGGGCUGUGUCCAGAUGUCAGCAACAGAGAAUACAAAACUCCUCUUCAGAAGUCUCAGAAACAACCUGCCCCAGAGACGCCUGAGGGCAGGAGGUUUGGGGAGACAGUGGUUGCUGGACCAGCUGGCUUCAAGGGACCCAGCCAGCCACGGGCAGGCCAGGCUUUGCAUUCAGUAUAAAUGCCCUAAAGCCCCACUGUAUGCAAGUUCAGCCAGAGCAGUGGAAACAGCAGCUACCAGAGUCCUGUGUCAAAGGCCAUCACCUGCUCUACAAGCAAAUCACAACCCACAUCACCAGACCAUAGUCAACAUUAAGAAUGAACUGUGGAGGACUCGUGACUCUGUCAACACUCUGCACAGGGAAGGAAGGCUUCUCAGAAAACAGUUACAUAGAUACAAGCACAAAUUGCAAGGCACAUAUACCUUACAGGAAGAACAGAACUGCAGAUUUGAAACAAAGAUUCAGGAGCUCACAACCAACCAAGAUAACCUAUGGACCAAGCUACAACAGAUGAGACGAAACCUACAGGCAAUGUUGCAGCCACUCCAUCCUUCUUCUCCUCAAACCACAGUGUCCAAGAUUGUCCAUUCUUUACCAGACGAUGGCUUACGGAGAGGAGGUGACUCUUCCAACAUCAAGAGGGACACUAGGGAUGGUCCAGAAUGGGAACUUCUUCCUAAUUCUGCCAACGUGGACAGAAAGCAUAAAUGCCAAGCAAGUUCAGUGAAAACUCUACCAGACUCUGAACCCCCAGAAACCAUUUUGCAAAGCACCAGGAAACAAAGUCACCUACAAAAGAUGCUGAGGAAAAUCCAUGGUUCCCCAUCUGCUCAUCAGGAGGAACUGAAAGACAAUCUCCAAAUUCUUCCUACUGAUGUGAACAGCCCUGCUCAAAUGCCUUCAGCAGAGAAAGAGAUGGACUGCUUCAAUGAAAAGAGAAACAACUUGGAAGACGAGGAGCUACAUGAACUGUUGCCCAGACUCCUGAAUGCUUUUGACCUAGACUCGCCAACAGGUCCGCAGCCUUUGGUGGACACAGAGCUGUACAGCAGAGCUGAGCAGGUGUGCAGGGCCUUCUCUGCCCUUGUGGAUCAAAUCACCGUGCCCAGCUUGGAGUGA